GUAGAAUGCACCAUUUGGAACGUUUCAAAAAAUAUGGACGUGUGGAAAACGAGUUGGCUCGUAAUUUGCUUUCUGAAUUUUUUGGUACCGCUCUUCUGAGAUUCAUCGGUACCGGAGUGAUGGCUCAAUUCGUACUCAGUCGAGGGACAUCGAAUUCUCCGAUACAAAUUAAUAUCGGCUGGGGAUUAGCGAUCACACUGUCAGUUUAUGUCGCAUGGGAAACCUCGGGUGGACAUGUGAAUCCGGCAGUUACGGCUGCAUUAUUGAUCCUCGGAAAGAUAUCUUUUGCUCACAGUCUUCUCUUUUUCGUUGCACAAACUCUCGGCGCAGCAUUUGGUGCGGGGAUAAUGUACUUUGUUUAUAGCGAAGCAAUAAAUGCCUUUGAUGGAGGAAUUCGAGCAAUAAGUGGGCCAAAUGCGACCGGAAUAAUUUUCGCAUCAUUCCCGCAGGCUUACCUUUCCAAUAUUGGUGCCUUUAUUGAUCAGAUGGCUGGCACUAGUCUGAUUGGCAUUUUCGUUGCAUUUUGCUGCGAACCUAAGAAUGAAAUACCGAGAAAUUUGAUGCCAGUCCUCUUUGGUACAAUCGCAACAACCAUUUCGAUGUGUUGUGGCUUGAAUAUGGGCUCUCCGGUUAAUCCGGCUAGCGAUUUUGGCUCACGAAUUUUUGCCUCUUUAAGUGGUUAUGGCAUCCGACUUUUUACCUUCCAUCAAUACUUUUUCAUCGUUCCAUUGCUGGCACCAAUUGUGGGUGCUGUGAUUGGUGUAUAUUCCUAUCAAUUUUUUAUCGGUUUUCAUAUUCCUAAACCUGAAGCAAGAAAUUCUGACAACAACUGGGAAGCGGGUCAAGAAAGUGAAGUGAGGCAAGUUAGGGAAAGUUCUACGUGA